AUGCUCGCUGCCCCGGCCGCGCCGCCGCGCCCAGAGGUCACGGCAGAGCAGACGGCCGCCCUCGACGCCUUCAAGAAGCACUUUGCAGACUACAAGAUCGAGUGCACCGAGCUCGGCGAGCGCGAGAAGAUGUGGCUCUCGCAGGAGACCCUGCUGCGCUACCUCCGAGCGACGAAGGGCGACACGGACGCGGCGAUCGCGCGCCUCGAGGCGACGCUCGCCUUCCGCCGCCAACUCAACCUCUACGACGUGGACGCGACCGCGGCCAUCGCGGAAAAGGACACACGCAACGCCACGCGCUUCACGGCAGGCUGGAACGGCCUGCGGCCCGUCAACUACGUGUUCAUGAACCGCAACCCGCUGCCGCUCGAAGAGCGGGACAUGGUGCACAACCUCUUCCUCCUCGAGCGCAUGAUGGACCUGACGCCCGCGGGCGCCCAGGAGGUCUGCACCGUCUUCAACUUUGGCGGCAAGCAGAUGGGGCCCAAGCCCGGCCUCGGGCAGACCAAGGAGAUGCUCGGCGUGUACGACGCCCACUACCCCCUCCAGCCCAGCUUGACGAUGCUGCAGGACAUGGGGUGGGCGAUGCGCGCGUUCGUGAAUAUGGUAUGGCCGUUUAUCGGCGAGGCCAAGGAGCGCACCAUCACCAAGACGGGCGAGCAGGCGGUCGCAGAGGGCCUGUUCCAGGCCGACGGAUUGAUCAAGGAGUGUGGCGGCGCGCUAGACUUCACGUACGACCACGCGACAUACUGGCCCACCCUCCUCUCCGUGUCCAAGACGCGCCGUGACGCAUUCCUCGAGAACUGGCGCAAGCUUGGCGCGCCAGAGGUCGCGCGUUCCGAGUUUGACUGGAAAUUUGUAUAG